CGACGAUCAGAGGAUCAGGAUCAAUUCCAGCUCUGCAGGGACGACCCGGAGAUGCUGCUGCAGAUGUGAUUGUGAGAGGAACGACGAAUGGCUUCCACGAGGGGUUCCCUCCGUAUCCAGGGCGACGACAACCUCCAGUCCAUGCUGGUGGGGGCGGUGAUGAGGAAGAUCAAGUCCCGCUCCUGGAAGAAGCAGAGAUACUUCAAGCUGCAGGACGACGGCAUGACCAUCUGGUACAAGUCCAAGAAGGCGGGGAACGCCCACUCCACGUUCUCGGUGAGCGACGUGGAGCUGGUGCGCGAGGGCCACCAGAGCGAGGUGCUGCUCAGCAUCGCCGACGAGUUCCCGGCCGAGCGAUGCUUCACCGUGGUGUUCCGCGGUCGCCGCGGCAACCUGGACCUGGUGGCCGAGUCGGCCGACGAGGCCCAGUCCUGGAUCAAGGGCAUGAGGAAGCUGAUCGAGAACCUGGAGAACAUGGGGGAGCGGGAGAAACUGGACCACGUUGUUCCCAGAUGGAUCAGUGACUGGUUCAAGAAGGCCGACAAGAACAACGAUGGCAGGAUGAACUUCAAGGAGGUGCAGGACCUGCUCAGGAUGAUGAACGUGGACAUGAACGAGCACCACGCUCAUCGUCUCUACACGAUGGCGGACAAGUCCCAGUCCGGCUCCCUGGAGGGCGACGAGUUCGUGCUCUUCUACAAGAUGCUGACCCAGAGGGAAGAUGUGCUGAGGAUCUUCCAGACGUUCUCGUCCGACGGCCAGAAACUGUCGCACGGCGAUCUGGAGGAUUUCCUGAGAGAAGGGCAGCUGGAGGGGGAGGACGUCCAACAACAUGCCAAGGAGCUCAUCGAGCUCCACGAACCCUCAGACACAGCCAAGCAGCUGAACGCCAUGACCUUCGACGGGUUCCUGAUGUACCUGGGCUCGGCCGAGGGCGGCGUCUUCAACCCCCGCCGGAGAACCGUCUUCCAGGACAUGGACCAGCCGCUGUGCCAUUACUUCAUCUCCUCGUCCCACAACACCUACCUGAUGGAGGACCAGCUCCGAGGACAGAGCAGCGUGGAGGGAUACAUCAGGGCUCUGAAGCGCGGCUGCCGGUGCGUGGAGGUCGACUGCUGGGACGGCCCCAACGGGGAGCCCAUCGUCUACCACGGACACACCCUCACCUCCAAGAUCCUGUUCAAGGACGUGGUGGCCGCCGUGGGCAGCUACGCCUUCAAGGUGUCGGACUACCCCGUCCUCCUGUCCCUGGAGAACCACUGCAGCGUGGAGCAGCAGCGGGUCAUGGCCCAACACCUGGACAACAUCCUGGGGGACAAGCUGUUGAAGAACACGCUGGACGGGCCGGCUCCGGCCCGGCUGCCGUCGCCCCAGAGCCUGAAGAGGAAGAUCCUCCUGAAGGCCAAGAAGAUCGGGGGUCUGGAGGAUCCUGGUCUGAACGGGGCGGUGGACGAGUCCCCGACCGACGAAGACGAGCCGUCGGAGAUGGACGAGGAGAAUCUCCACCGGGAGAGCGUCCGCCGCCGGGUCAAGAGGUCGAAGCCCCGUCUGUCCCAGGAAUUGUCCGACUGCGUCGUCUACUGCAAGAGUUUCCACUUCCGGAGCUUCAAACACUCCCGGGUCCACUCCAAGUUCUACGAGGUGGCGUCUUUUACCGAGUCCAAGGCCCGGAAGCUGCUGAGAGAGGCCGGGCCGGAGUUCGUCCGCCACAACGCCCGGCAGCUGACCCGGGUUUACCCCACCGGGUUCAGGGCCGACUCGUCCAACUUCAACCCCCAGGAGAUGUGGAACGCCGGCUGCCAGAUCGUGGCUCUGAACUUCCAGACGGCCGGCGAGGCCAUGGACCUGAACGACGGGCUGUUCGGUCAGAACGGCGGCUGCGGGUUCGUCCUGAAACCUGAAUUCAUGAGGGAUUCUGGGGAGAAGAGGUUCGACCCGGACACGCCCCAGAGCGGGCCGGACUACCGGCCGGUGCUGCUCAGCAUCCAGGUCAUCAGCGGACAGCAGCUGCCCAAGGUCAACAUCAAGGAGGGCUCCAUCGUGGACCCGCUGGUCCGGGUGGAGAUCCACGGGGUCCCGCUGGACCAGGCCCGGCAGGAGACCCGCUACAUCGAGAACAACGGGUUCAACCCGGUGUGGAACGACUCCCUGGUCUUCACGCUCCACUCCCCCGAUCUGGCCCUGGUUCGCUUCGUGGUGGAGGAUUACGACAAGACGUCCAAGAACGACUUCGUGGGCCAGUUCGCUCUGCCGCUAACCUGCAUGCAGCAAGGCUACCGUCACAUCCACCUGCUGUCCAGAGACGGGACCAGCAUCGCCCCCGCGUCGCUGUUCGUCCACGUCCGGAUCAGCGACCUGGACCAGACCCCGGCCGACGCGCCGGAGUAAUCAGAUUACUGCGGAGUAAUCAGAUCACUCCUCAGAAAACAGACUCUCAGCUCACGAGCUAGCACGGAUGCUGGAAGUGGAUCUGCGUUGUUUCAACGGGACGUUUCAGCUCUAAUCCUCGUUAGACCUUGUUUCCUCAGAAUCCUCCGUUCUGUCUGUUUAGUGACUCCGGUGUUGCAGUUCCGGCCUCCCGCCACCGCGGGGCGCUGCAGCGCUCGCACCGCCUCCAGCAUCCCUGUCAAAUAUAUACGUAAAUAAGCCAAAUGUUUGGAGCUCCUGCAGCCUGUUUUCCCUCUGUAGUCGUGUGUCGUCGUCGCAGCGUUUGUGUUUUACGAUGUUCUUUGAGAUGUUGCCACCGCAUCAUUCAGCCACGAUGGUCGUAGAUUCUGUCAGCAUUGUUUCUUCAUGGAUGAAUCUGGAGGAUUCCCCCGGGGCUCGGUUCGUCAGAUCCUCAGUUCGGACCAUAAACUGGAUAAAGAUAACUAGCCCCGCCCCCCUCGUGAUGUCACCAUCAGGAGACUCCGCCCCCAGCUGCUGGUAACCCAAAUAUGGGCGAGUAGGCGGAGACAGAACAGCUUUGCAACUUCCUGUCAAGCUCUGGUCACCACGGGUGGUGGUUAGCAUUAGCUAUAGUUAAGCUUUUGAUUGAUUGAUUUGUUUUGUACAUGUAAAAGACAACAAUUAAAAUAGAAGAUAAGAAAACAAACAAAAAAAAACCAACAAAACAAAGAAUUUCAUACUUUAACACUUAAUAUCUUAAUUUGCAUGUGCAAAAAGGAGUAUCCCCCCAUUCACUAAUCAUUUAUAAGUAUUUAUAAUAACUAACUAUAGCCUACUAUAAUUAUAUUCAAUUAUACUCACAGUAUUAAUUCAAUUAAUUAUACUCACAGAGUUACCUAUACAUACAUACACAUAGUUGAGUAUUUCUAUAUAUUUGUACACACAUGCCCAUAUAAUAUAUAUGUUCCAUAUAAGCUAAUUAGCUAAAGUUGAGCUAAAGCUAAUGCUAUAGCUAUAGCACUAACUAGCGUUACGAUACAUUCAUUAUGGCUAACUGUCCAUCCCCUUUUCUGACCUGGAAGGUCUGGAUUGUUCCCCCCGGAAGGUCUACUACUACUACUACUACUACUGCUACUACUACUACUACUGCUACUGCUACUACUACUACUACUACUGCUACUACCACUACUACUACUGCUACUGCUACUACUACUACUACUACUACUGCUACUGCUACUGCUACUACUACUACUACUACUGCUGCUACUGCUACUGUCAUUUAGCGGACGCUUUUAUCCAAAGCAACUUAAAUCUGAGACACCAUGGAGCAAUUAGGGUUAAAGCCUGGUUUAUGAUUCUGCGUUAAACCAACGCAGAGCACACGCCGUCACCGUGACGCCGUCGUGAACCUUCGGACUUCUCCGUCACUCCAUUUCUCCGCGGUGCAGUUCCCCCCAGACCGCUAGGGGAUCGCGAUCUUUUCCUGAAUGGUUUAUCCGACUUUUCCGGUCACAGUGAAUCAAAGAGAUAAGGACAACUAUUGUGCAAAAAAACUAAACAAAAAAAAUCACACAUACACGAAGAAAAGCGCUGAAAGUUCACGACUGCUUCAAACCGGAAACCGGAAAUGCGUUGCUACCAAGCGAACCAAUCACAGCCCUCUCGUCUGCGUGUGGUCUGCGUCGCCUCGACGCGUAGUUACAAUUUUUGGGAGGUGACGUCAGUGACGGCGACAGCGUAGGCACGGCGUCGUUUUGACGCAGAACCAUAACUCAGCCUUUAGUUAGUUAGUUAGUUAAUAUAAACUUGUUUCAUCUCAUCAACACUUCCUACUCAUGUCUGGAGGUUUUCAGCAAACAUCAUCAACUCCACCCCGUGUCACCCCUGUGGUGUGUACUAUGGUGUGUACUAUGGUGUGUACUGUGGUGUGUACUUGUGUACGUGUCGCCCAGUCGUGUAAAUGUGUUUUGAUAUUGAUAUUUUUGUAUCCAGAGACGUGUUAAUGUGAACGCUACUCUACACACCAGUCGGAUGGUAUUUGUUUGUCGUUGUUUUUUAACCGUAACUCCGAUUCAUUCACCGCAGGAGCAGUAAAUAAAACUAU